AGAUUGAAGUACCUACAAGCGAAGCAGUCAAUCGAGUCCGUCGCCCUGUUGCAGUCUCACCGGAGUGAGCCAAGCCAUCAACGGUGAUACGGCACGAGCACCUCAUACAACCGCUCCUCAGCCUUACUGCCGGCGAACCCUUACAUAUAUCAGAAGGGCCCUCAGCGGGCGAAACUCGACAUAUUCCUCUCAAGAUCCCCUCAUCGACAUCCUAUCGUUCCAGUUCUCACUACAGUCAAGUCAAUAUGACGACGCCUUACGACCCAAACAACUACCCAACAGCGCCGCCACCCAUGACUCGCGCGAGAGGUUCAUCAUCAGCGGCCACCCGCUACACGCCAGACGCCUACGCCUACCAACAUCCGCACGAGCAACAACAGCAGCUCGCCGCUCAAGACCCGUACCCAACCGCAGGCUACCCUUUCCCAUAUGGCAAACCCGCACCACCACCACCCCAACCGCCCAUGCCUCAAAGACCCUCCUACGGCUACGGACCCAGUGCGCCUCCACCCUCCAGUGCAGACCAAGCACAAACUCUUCAUCCCGACGCCGCACUAGCUAACCCUCCCUACCCCGUCACAACAGCAGACCCCUACUACGCCCCUCCACCCGCACGUCCGAUCGAAGACCGCGAGCGACGCGCAAGCUACAGCUCCCAGCGAUCCCGCGACUCGCGGCACUCGCAUCGCUCCCACCACAGCCACCGCUCUCACCGGACUGAGUCGGAGGAGCGGGAGCGGGGGCGCAGACACCGACGCCGUGAGAGGGAGCACAGGGAGGCGAAGGCGGAUUACUAUUCGGGAAAGGAGAAGGACUUGAAGCAUGAUAAGGGCGCACCUACGUGGGGGGAUACGGUGUUUGGGCUCUUUGAUGCAGUUAAGGAUGCGUUUGGGCCCAGGGGAAAGUAUUGAAGUUGGGAAGAUUAGGGAUGGGCUGCUAUACGAGUAUAACGAAUGUGUUAGAGCAUGACGCUCCAAUCUUGACGAGAGCAUGACGA